UGACAUCAUUUCCUCAUCUUGUUGUCUUAUCAUGCCUUCAGACUCCGAUCUCUCGCUCUUCCGGUAUAUUUUUCAAGGCGGAGCAGCAAUUGCUGUCCAGGGUGCUGAAAUCGUAGGUAAAGUAGAAUUGAACAUUUCUAAAUUAGGUUGCACAUCAGUCACGUUGCAAACAUUGCAUUCGCUUUUUGAGUCCAUCCUUAACUGACCGACUGUGAUGAUGGAGAGCCGGUGUGACCCGUUCAGCCAGACUGUGUGCAAUGGAGUGCCGGAGAAGAAACCUGUUGUGCUGGUGGCAGAGGACCAUGGACAGGAGAUCCUGAGUGUGCUUCAGAGUUUCAGGGAGAAGAAUGCCUUCUUCGAUUUUCAAAUCCUGGUCAAAGGGGAGACAAUACCCUGCCAUCGCUGUGUGCUUGCGGCUUGCAGUGAUUUUUUCAGGGCCAUGUUUGAAGUGAACAUGAGAGAGCGAGAUGAUGGCAGUGUGACAAUGAGCAAUUUGUCCCCCAAAGCAAUCAAAGCCUUUCUGGAUUUUGCCUACACUGGACAGACGAUGAUCACAGAGGAGAAUGUAGAUAUGCUCUUCCAGUUGUCCUCCUUCCUGCAGAUCUCCAUUCUUUCAAAAGCCUGCAGUGAUUAUCUUAUCAAAACCAUCGACCUGUUGAACUGCUUGCAGCUGCUGUCUCUGUCAGAAGGGUACGGAUCCACUCGGCUGUACGAACGCACGCUGGAGUUUGUGGUCCAGCACUUUCACACCCUGACGAAGUCCGCCGACUUCCUGGAGAUGAAUGUCAACGUCUUCAAGAAAUGCCUGGAAGCAGAUGAGCUCAAUGUCCCAGAUGAGGAAGCUGUCCUGAACGCAGUACUUUUGUGGACAAAGCACAGUUUGGAAAACAGACAAAAAUUCUUUCCCCAUUUAAUCAAACUGGUUCGACUGCAUCAGUUACCCAGGGGAGUCCUGGAGGAAAUUUCUAAAUCAGAGAGCCUGUUGUCAAGCAAUGGGGACUGCCUUCAGAUCAUUAGAGAGGUUAUUGUUAGCCUCCAGGAUCUCAGUGGCUUUUUUCCUGAUGCUCGUCCUUCUACCACGGAGAAGUACAUCUAUGUCCACAAGACGGAAGAGAAUGGGGAGAUUCGCCACGCCUUCUGCUACAACAUCGAAACUGACCGCUGGAAAGAGCUUCCUCAUUCCAACCUCGUGGACAUGUCUGGCUCCAGCUUGGCUAGCUUUGGGGAAAAGCUCUUUGUAACGGGGGGUUGCAAAGGAAACUGCUGCAGGGCCGUGAGACUGCACAUUGCCGAGCCCUUCCAUGAUGCCACAGAUGAGACCUGGUGCUACUGUCCAGUUCAGAACCACUUUUUCUUGAUACCCCCGAUGAAGAGUCCACGAACUAUGCAUACGUCCGUCAGAGCCCUGAACCGGGUCUACGUCAUCGGGGGAAAGACAAGAGGGGCCAGGAAUAUCAGAAGCCUGCUGGAUGUGGAGUAUUACAACCCCCUCACAAAAGACUGGAACUCAGUGAGUCCUCUGCCCAGAGGUAUUUACUAUCCUGAAGCCAGCGCCUGCAAUAAUGUCAUCUACACUUUGGGGUCCGAAGUAGAAAUAGCUGACAUUUUCAACCCGUCGCUAGACUGUUUCUUCAGGUAUGACGCUCAGGUCAACCAGUGGUCAGAACUGGUUGCUGAAUUUGGUCAGUUCUUUCAUGCCACCUUGGUCAAAGCAGUGCCAGUCAACAAUACUCUGUACAUCUGUGAUUUGUCCACUUACAAGGUGUACAGCUUCUGCCCCGAAACCUGUGUGUGGAAGGGCGAAGGCUCUUUUGAGUGUGCGGGAUUCAAUGCAGGAGCUAUUGGCAUUGCAGACAAAAUCUACAUACUGGGUGGAGACUACGCUCCGGACGAAAUAACAGAUGAAGUGCAGGUCUACCACAGCAACAGAUCCGAAUGGGAGGAGGUUUCUCCCAUGCCAAGAGCCUUGACAGAAUUCCAUUGCCAGGUGAUGCGAUUCAACCGUUACAGAGACCCGUGGAAGGCAGACCCAUGAACACACUGUGGUGGGAAGCUAAUCAUAUCCAGGGGUGACUGUAUCCUUUGAAAAUGAAUGGCUUCGUUCUACAGUAUGUCUUUCUCUAUAGGUUGGCCCUGUUUCAUACAUAGCACAGCUGUCACUGAAUAUGCCCGAACAAUCACAAACAAGGACCCAGCCAGGGCAAGGUUUCGAUCCUGUCGACAUUUCAGUUUGUAGGUUACAACAUUGUCAAAAAAAAACACUUUAUGAGUGCCAAAGCUCAGUUUUUGUGCAAAGCUUUAGGCCAUUAUCCUUAAUAAUUUGAGAAUGAAGAAAUCUUUGUUCAAGUUCAAAAAGACAGCAUAAAGCAUGAAGACGAAAGAUCCAGAUAUAUACAUGAUAUUGUAGAUGUAGAGUGGUCGUGUAUUUAUCUGAACUAUUGUUGUAUGAAGUUCUUUCUAAAAAUACUAAAGCUGAUGUGUUUAAUGUUAUGGUCUAAAUCACCUCCUGCUCCUAGUUUCAUAUGUUCUGACUGCUCGGUGGCUGUAAUAAUGAGACAGUGCCUACUUAGUCAAUGAAAUGGCCUUUAGUUCACGACUUUCUUCAUUUUCCCAGAUACACUUUCAAUUUCCAGAUCAGGACACGACAGGAAGCAUGAACAAUCAAAUACUGGCAAAUAAAAGAAACAGCUGCUGUUACACUUCUGUGUGAGACUACUUCCUUUCUCUUCUUUGAUACCAUUCAAAUAAUGUAAUUCCUGCUUCUUUCCCUGAAAAUAUGUAUGGAGUACUGUUUCUUGAUUUGAUCUUUCUUCGUGGUGUGCUUAUUAUUAAUAACAAUGAUUUUUAAGAUUACUUUUAAACUACAUUUUUAUACAAGAUGUACUGUAAAAACUCAACAUAAUCUAUUAAUGCUACACGGGCCCUUACAAAUGUCAUUUAAUAUUUUUCAUACAACUUUACAUGUACCAGACACACAGAAUACAAACCUGAUCAUGCCCUUUCACAUUAUCAGUUAGAUUUUGCCUGUUUAUCCUAGCAGUCUCUCGUACAUUCAAAUAUAUACUUUUUUAUACUGCCUUAAUAAACCACAUAAAAUGUGUAUCAUACAAAGAAACAUUAUAUUAUGUACAACAGUAUGUAUAUUAGAUAGUAUAUUUCAAUGUGAGGUAACAAAAAUGAAGUUUGGCAAAUAGGUGUGAGUUUUUUUCCUUCUAAAGCCCUGGUAUGUGAUCAUCCUUGCUCUGUAACAGCUGAAUACUAGGGUAAUAAGAAAAAACAAGAAAACUUUACUAUUGUGCAUGGCUUUUCAGUGCAUCAGUGAGCAAUGAAAAGGGUUUGGUAUGUUUAAGGAAACUCAGCUGUAGUCAUGGUGAUGCUUGUGUUUAUAGUCACGGUCAGAGUGGUUUUGUGAAUGGAGUAAGUAUUGUGAACUCCGCAGUCCUGCCAUCUCAUACAUCAUCAAACUGGCUUUCCUUUCCUGAUUUAGGGAUUUAGUCGGGCCUGCGCAUGAGAUGUGCUUUCUGAGAAUGGUAAAACUUGUGAUUCAUGUACAUUUGUCAUGCAGCAGGCAGUAGAGCAUCUGACAUCCCUUUACAGACAUGAAAAACACCAUGAGUCACACUGUAUACUUUUUGUAACUAUCAAUGCUGAUUUUGCCUAAAGACAAUAUAAACAGGAUUCUGAGGGGGAAAAAAGCAAUAUUUUAUCCAUCAUUGUAGUAGUGAUGUUACUCAGUGGACUACCACUUUCAAAACUCUCAUUAUAUUUUUAGAAUUCAAUUUUCUGUGUUAAUAGAGGAUUUGUAAGAAGGCAAAAUGUCUCUUCCAUUUCAUUUUUGUACAAAUGUGUUUAUAUUGAUUCAGAUGUUAUGCUGCUUUACAAUGAAUUAUGCCAUUCAGAACUUUUUUGCUUUAUAUGUUCAGAACAAAAUCAAAUGGUGAGACACUGAUGCUCAAAUCAGUGUAUAUUUAUUCAAUUAUAUUCUAAUGCAUGAAAAGUGAAGAAUGAGUAAAUAUUGUACACAUAUACUGUAUGAUUAAGGCUAUGUAAGUUAUCCAUGUUACCUAACUCUAUCUUAAUAAAGUAGCCUCGAAGCUGAAGGAUA